AUGUCAGUUGAAAUUGAAACUACUAGUAACAGUCCAGUAAUUGCUAUGGACUCUUUAACAUCACCUUCGAAGAAGCUUGAGAAGCAUGACGCGGUGCUGCUGCUACUGCUGCUGCUGCUGCUGCUGUCGUCUGCUGCAGCGGGCUCUGGCUCUGGCCCAAAGGGCAUAACUUUUUCUGGGGAAACUUUUGCAGUUCCAGAAACUCACGAUAUGGUAAAGACCUUGUUUGAUCCGUCGUUGCAUAAAUCAAAUUCAGAAUUGGCAAUCUUGGCCUGCUUGUGUGCCAAUCUUCUUGUAUUUUUGAUCCCACUGAAUCAAGCACGAAUUGUCAUCUUUGUGGCAAUGUACACCUUUUGGAGACUUUCUUACAACUUUGGUAUCGGGUGGUUGUUGCAACAACAAUCAAAGCACAAUAGGUUGGUAUCUUGGGCCAAAGAGGGCAAAUUGUUUGACACAAACAACACCCUGUUUAGGGCCCAAUUGGUCCAAAACGAACUCAAAUCGCAACGUGGUAAGGAUUACGAUAUCUCGUCGUUACCCAUUGAGUUCAAUACCUGGCUCAUUUUUAGAAAAUUGGUUGACUUGAUAUUGAUGUCAGAUUUUGUCACUUUUUGUUGCGUUGUUUACACUUGCUCUUUAGCGGAAGACUUUUCCAAUAGCUGGACUGUAUAUUUGAGAGUGCUUGUUGGGUCAAGUUUGAUCUUGUUCAAUUUGUGGGUUAAAGUUAAUGCUCACAACACAAUAAAGGAUUAUGCUUGGUACUGGGGUGACUUCUUUUUCAGACAAAUUAAUAAUGAAGAAUUGAUAUUUGAUGGAGUGUUUGAAAUGGUUCCACAUCCAAUGUACUCAGUUGGGUAUAUCGGAUAUUAUGGAUUUGCAUUGAUUGCUAAAUCUUACACAGUGUUGGCAAUUUCCAUUUUUGGUCAUUUCUUGCAAAUGAUUUUCCUUCAUUAUAUUGAAAACCCCCAUAUCGAUAAAAUCUAUGGCCCAUCCAAAAACGAAAUUAAUUUAAUCAAAAUUUUGAAAUUAAAAGACUUGAAACAUUUUGAAAAUAUGCCACCAUUGGUUGGGUUUUACAACUUCAAUUGGAUGAGAGCUAGUGAUGUAUUGAAUUUGAUUUUAAUUUCAACUUAUGGGAUCAUUAUACCAAUUUUGUCUAAAAAUUCAUACAAGUUGUUCUUUGCAUUGACUGUGGCUACAAAGUUGUUUGAAAGUUUUGUGAUCAAUACGUUAUUGCUUUUGCAAAGUUAUUCUAAAUACUUCACCAAGUGGUGUCUUUCAAAUGACAUCCCAGUUGAGAAGUCGCUCAAUAAUUGGGCAAUUUUGUACAACUCGUUGAUCAACUUGACUUACUCGUCAUUAUUUGGUAUGAAUUUGGCACACGUUCUCCAAGGUACAACCGAAGUAUUUUUCCAUGAUUUUUUCUACUUGAGAGUACUUAUUGGAUGCUUAUUGAUUGCAACUCAAACUUGGAUCAAUGCGUCCAUUAUUGAUCUGAUUGGCUAUUUUGGUUACUUUUAUGGUGAUUUCUUCAUUGCCAAAUCGCACCACUUGACCAAAGCCGGUGUGUAUCGUUACUUGAACAACCCGGAACAAAUCUUUGGUGUUUGUGGAGUCAUGGGCGUUUUCGUUAUCUGGCCAACUUUUGAGAAUUUGGUUUGUUGCAUCUUGUGGGUGGCAAACAACUUUGUUCGUAUCAACUUUAUCGAAAAAUUCCAUAUGCUUAGAGUGUAUGGUGAACAGGAGGUGAAUCAGGAUUCCGGAGUCACAAAAACUUUCAAGAAACAUUUAAUCCCCGAUGUCAUUCAAAGAAGAAUCAGUAAUGAUGAACCACUGAGGAGGAGCAGAAGAAGAAGCAGUCAUCCCGCAUCUGGCAUUGCUGAGUCAUUUGAAAAUUUCAUCAAGGAUUUACAAAACUCAUCGGUCAAGUUGUCAAAGCAAAAAUUGAUUGAAUUGUCGCAAAAUUUGUCAUUUGCCAACUCUGACUAUAAAUUGACCCUUCCUGAUUUGAAAACUGAUUCGACAACCAACUCCAAAUAUAUUACUAUUGGGACGCCAAUCAAAGUCAAUUGGCAAUCACCUGCAGCCACUCACUCGCCAAAGGACUGGAUCGGAUUAUACAAGAUCCUGCAAACUUCAUACUCAAGAAACAAGACUUUGCUUUCUUCAUCUGGAAGAUGGGGAAAUUGCGAAACUCCGAAUGGAUCACUCACGUUUGCCAAAGAGAAGUUGUUUUGGGAACAAGGUGUUUACGAAGUAAGAUACCAUUUGGACUCCGGGCAUGAUGUUGCAUACAUUUCCGAACCAUUUGAAAUCAGAACUACACACAUUGAUGUGCCUACUAAAGAAUCAUCAUUGGAUGAAUUUGCAAAGCAGUUGAAAACUGAGGUAUUUGAUAAGGUGCUUGAUAUUGAUUCAAUUAACACUUCUAUACAAUCAAUAGCCACACAAUCUGACUCCAAUGUGUUGGAAUUGUAUCAGUUGUUAAGUUCAAUUGUGUCACAAGCUACAAAUAUUCGCAUCAGUUCGAAAAUCUAUCUAAAUCAUGAUGAUACUUCCAUCAAGGACGUGGCGAAUAGAUUAUACGAAAUCAAUCAAAUCCUCAAUGAUUUGUCGUACGAUAUGAGCAUAAAAAAGAAUGAAUAA